AUGUAUGCUCCCCCAGAAACGGUCAGGCAGGAAAGGGAGGAAGUGGAGAAGGAGCGAGAGAUGGGGAGUGGGAUGGGAAAAGGAAAGAAAGGGAGGAGAGGGAAAUGGCAUAAGAAGAGCCCCUCUGUUGAGCUGGAGGCCUCGUUAGCUGAUCUCAGCAUCUCGACAUCAACCUGGCGAGCAGGGCAUUCCCGCUCUCCUUCCGCACCGGCUUCGCUCCUUCCACCUCUUCCUGUCGCAGCAACCACAGCGCCUAGUGAGGAAGUAAAAGACCGCUGGGGCCUGUCGGUCAACGCUGCCCUCGGUCGAAUGCAUUCGGAUGGUCACACGAAGAAAGGGCCCCGAGCACCUAUCGUGGUUGACUUCUGGGAGGAGGCGAUGGAUCUGGAACGAGCUCCUUCCAGGAAGGGGGAGACGAAAGAGGAAGGGACGGAGGUGCAGCCCGGGCUUGAGCGGGAAGAGGCGGCUCCUGCGCCGGAGAGGGAGAGGGGGGACGGAGGGUGGAGAAGGCCCAGGCCGGGAAAACGCGCCUUAAACCCCGGCUGGGGGCGGACUUCAGUGCAUAGAAAUGUCGGACCUCGGACUGAUGCCGAUGGCCGUGAAACACACAGGCACGGGCCGAGUUUCCCGCUAUAUCUCGUUCAUGGCCCCUUUCCUCCUCUCCGGACCCCAUCCAAUUCCCCACAAUUGGCAUGCUGCCCGCGCUCGAAACAGUAA